AUGACAGCCGCCAAGACGUACGAUGCCAAGCGCAACAGCAUCGUGACGCCAGCCAAAUCACAGCAAAGCGAGGAGAGUGAGCAGGCGGUCGAGCCGACGUCGUCUCGUCGCCUCCCGACGUCGCCCGGCGGCCGCUUUCUCCAAAAGACAUACUCGAUCACGCAAACGUGGCUGCACAUGAACAAAUCCACGCGGCGCAACGACAACUUUGACUGUCUCUUCCCCGAGAACCACUCGCAGGACUUCAAGAAGAUCAAGUUUGUGACGUACCCGUACCACCUCUGGGGACUCGGCCUCCUCCUCCUCGGCGGCGCGGGCUUCUUUACGUAUGCGCUCUCGUCCACGAGCAUCUACCGGUUCCCGAAAGGCUUUUGGUGGCAAUACCUCUUUGACGUGCUCCUCUUUUUCCUCGGCGCGCUCUGCUUUCUCUGCAGCGAAGUCGAAGUGUUUUGCAUGGACCGAAACAAGGGCACGAUCUCCAUCUCGCAACGCGGCUGCAUUAGCCACGUGCUCGGGCGCGGGAAAGACACGUUUGUGGUGCGGCAGCUUGCGGAAAUCGCCGACGUCUCGGUCGACUGCUUGGGCGAAAAGACGGGCGACGUCGACACACGCUCGUACAAGAUUCGCAUCGAGUACCACGACGGAACGUAUGCGACGAUGCUCGAGGGACAGUCCAAGGCGCUCGCCGUGCGUCGCUGCCGCAGCCUCAAGUACUUUUUGGCCUUCUACGCCAACUCGCCGACCAAGAAGCAGCGGAGCCCGACCAAGCUGCCGUUCCCAAUCAAAGAGGCGCGUCACGUCGACUCGGUGGUGCAGGAGGCAACGCUCACCAUGUAG